AUGGCUCCCACGACACGGUCCUGGUCUCCAUCGUCACUCCUUGCACAGGGUGCCUUCGACUGUCGAAGGGCACGCUUCUCCGACCUCUCUGCAGCGGCACGUGUUUGCUCUCUUGCUUUUGACGACGAUGUACUCUUUGGCCGCCUGAUCCAUCCGCAUAGGAAGUCAUAUCCUGGCGAUGUCGACAAAUAUUGGUAUCGCCGGUUCAUCGUCGACUGGUGGGACCCCAGCCAUAUAUUCCUCGUGACAACAGUACGUUCUAAAAACGGGCUGGCAGAAAUUGUGACUGGGGUGGCACACUGGAGCCGCAUGGCUCCCAGUUGGAAGGAGAAUUAUAAGGCUGGCUGGGGGUAUGCCUGGUGGGAUCCGAGUCUGCAGAUAUUCGAGACCCCAGUCUUGCUGGCGAUGCUGGCGCAAGGAAAGGGCUCUGGAAUUGAAACAUGUCUACACUCCUCGUACCCCCACUUUGAGUUGAUUGUGGGACUUCUUGGAUGGCUUUCACCCAAUCGUGCGGCGUCGGCAAAAGACGAGAACAUCAUCGAACGAUCCUACAAUUACCUCGACCAUAUCUGGACAGGCCAACGCUCCGAGUCGUGGUACCUGGAAUGCUUAGCCGUCCACCCUGGAUAUCAGAACCAGGGCCAGGGCCGCGCCCUUGUCAUGAUGGGUCUAUGGCAAGCACAACGGGAGGGUGUCGCGUGCAGCGUCAUCGCCGCCGAUGGGAAGGAGAGGUUCUACCAAGCCUGUGGCUUUGACGUUGGACCUGUCGGCAGGUCUGGUGAAGGGGAAGGCAACCCCCUGAAAGAAGUCCCUGGUGGCCUGGUGUUCUUCAAGGACAAGGAAGGCGUGGUACUUCCGCAUCGGGAGCCUGGGUCAUGGACGUAUGGACACGGCGUCUUCGACUGGGAUGAGUGGAAGAAGAGAGUCGAAACCAAGCAGAAGAGUGCUGAUGAUUAA